AUGGAAGCGGCUCCAGUGGGGCCGGCCGCCGCCAUGGACGUGGACAAGCUCACCUACGAGAUCUUCUCCAUCCUCGAGAGCAAGUUCCUGUUCGGCUACGACGACCCCAAGCUUCUCUUCGGCGGAGGCUCGCCGCAUACACCGGCAGCGUCUGGGAAGGCGACGCCCCCGCGGGCGCAGGCCGGUAAGGUGUGCAUCCUGUCGAUCGACGGCGGGGGGCGCGCCGCCGACGGGCUGCUCGCCGGAGCGGCGCUGGUGAGGCUGGAGGCGUCGCUGCGGCGGCGCACUGGGGACCCCAAGGCGCGUCUGGCGGACUUCUUCGACGUGGCAGCGGGCUCCGGCGCCGGCGGCGUGCUCGCGGCCAUGCUGGUGGCGCGCGGCAAGGACGACGCGCGGCCGCUCUACUCCGCGGAGGACGCACUCGCGUUCCUCGUCCGCAGCCUCCGCCGCGGCUGGUCGUCUUCUUCCGGGAGCCUCCGCGCGCUGCUCCGGCGCCCGGCCGGCGCCGCCGCCUUCCGCAAGGUGUUCGGCGACCUGACACUGCGAGACACGGCGCGGCCGGUGCUCGUCCCGUGCUACGACCUGGCCACGGGGGCGCCGUUCCUGUUCUCCCGCGCCGACGCCGUCGAGAAGCCGGCCUACGACUUCCGCCUGCGCGACGUGUGCGCCGCGACCUGCGCCGGCUCGGACCGCUCGUCCUCGGCGGUGGAGGUGCGGUCGUGCGACGGGUCGACCCGCAUCGUGGCCGUGGGCGGCGGCGUGGCGCUCGGCAACCCCACGGCGGCGGCCAUCACGCACGUGCUCAACAACAAGCGCGAGUUCCCGCUGGCCUCCGGCGUGGAGGACCUGCUGGUGAUCUCCAUCGGCAGCGGCGAGGGCGAGCAGCGCCCCGCCGCCGGUGCCACCGGCGGCGCCUCGACGUCCGAGAUCGUCAGGAUCGCCGCCGAGGGCGUGUCCGACAUGGUGGAUCAAGCGGUGGCCAUGGCGUUCGGACAUAGCAGGACAAGCAACUACACCCGCAUCCAGGCGAUGGGGUCGCCGCGGGGCGGCAGAUGCGCGGCGGCGGCGGCGGCGAAGGGGUGCGUGGCGGCGGAGGAGAUGCUGUCGCAGAAGAACGUGGAGUCGGUGCUGUUCCGGGGCAAGAAGCUGGCGGAGCAGACCAACGCCGAGAAGCUGGAGCGGUUCGCGCACGAGCUCGUCAAGGAGCGCGACCGCCGUGUGGGCGCCGCCGCCCCCGCCGUCGUCAAGCAGCAGCAGCCGGCGUCCGCGGCCGACAGCGCCGCGCCGGCGUCGUACUCGAACCUGGUCAGCCAGAUGUUCACCAGCAUCUUGUAG